UGUUGCUGGCUGAUUCAGGAAACAGAUCCUUCUGCAUCAGUUUUCAAAUCUGCAUCAUCUCAUCACCUCAUCAUGAAGCUGCUGGCUGUGUGUGUCCUGGUUUUCUCUGUGAUGGCUCAGACCAGAGCUGACCCUGAACCAGAUGAUGGCUCCACUGAUCCAGAAGAAGUUGACUUGGUCCAGAGAUCUUCUUGUCCUCCCGGCUGGUCUCCAAUCAACAAUCGCUGCUUUCGCUAUGUUUCCAAACCCAUGACCUGGGCUAGAGCUGAGAGACACUGUCUGUCCAUGGGAGCAAACCUGGCAUCAGUUCAUGACACGAACGAGUACCAUCAGGUUCAGUCUGUGAUAAAAAUGGCAACUUACAAGUCCGAUGAAACAUGGAUUGGAGGCACUAACGCACAGGAGACGAGCAUUUGGUUGUGGAGCGAUGGAAGCCGUCUCCACUAUACAAACUGGUGUCAUGGAGAGCCUAAUAAUUAUAAGGGCAGGCAGUACUGUUUGGUGAUGAACUAUUCAGGUGAAAAGUGCUGGGAUGACCAGGACUGCUCCACCCGUCUUCCUUCUGUCUGCGCCAAGGAUGUCUUGGCAAAGACACCGGGCAACUGUGGCUUGCUGGGUUGAGUAGUCAACUGGCAAUCAGAAGGUUGUGGUUUCGAUUCCAAUUUCCCCUAGCCACAUGUUGAUGUGCCCCUGGGCAAGGCACAAGAUGCUUGAAACAGAAUCCAGUGGAGAAUUGGUGUUAUAGGUUUCUGUUAACCUGGCUUUUUCCAUCUUUAUCGCUAUCCUAAAAGCUCUUUCUGCUUCUUUGACUUAAUAUAAUUUCUCUUUAAUGGUACCCAGUGAAUAAAGCAACAACUAAACUGCAGGUGCAUUUCUUCUCUGUAAUUAGAGCAGACAGGGUUAUAAAAUUGAUCAUUUUAGCUAAACAUUCUUGUUUUCUUUGGCCUUGCAAAAAUAAACAUUUUAAGC